AUGCUACCCUCCCCGCGGUGUUUGGGCUUAGCGCUGGAGUGGUCCUGUCACGGAGUGCCAUGGUUCAUCUUCUCUGGGGGGUGGAUCCUUGGCCUGCUCAUCAGUAGCAUGGCCCCACCUCCCUCUGCGAGCCCUGCUUCCGAUCCCUACGUGGCGCCGCGAAGCACGCGCAACCUAUACGGCUGGCGUGCCGCCUGUCUCCUCUUCGCCCUCGUUCUUGACGUUCUCGUUGUUGGUUGUCUCAAAUUCAUCGUCAAGCGACCCCGUCCCGAGGCCAACUACUCCUCCGAUAUGCUACUCACCGUCUCCAUUGACGAUUGGUCUUUCCCCUCCGGUCACUCGAGCCGAGCGGGAAUGUUGCAGUGGUUGUUGCCGUGGCUUUUCAACUUCUCGGGUUUUUCGCGGCUCCUCAUCUCCGUGUGGACAGUCUCGGUGUGCAUCUCGCGCCUUGUCAUGCGGCGCCACCACCUGGGGGACAUCCUCUUCGGCUACACCUUGGGCUUCUGCCUCUACUACCUAGUCACAUGGUGUAUCGACUGGCCCUACUGGUUCCGCUUUCUUGGCUGA